AUGUUUGUUAAAGAUGCAUCAGAAUCUGUUAUUGAACAAUCUACACAUAUUCGAGUUGGAACACAAAAAAUUUCAAUGACUGCACAAAUAAAACAAGAAAUAAUGAAAUUAGUUCAUCAAUAUGGAAUAGGGCGAGAUACAUUACGUUGUUUAGCAUUAGAAACUAUUGAUAAUCUAUUUAAAAAAGAAGAUAUGGAUUUAGAAGAUUCAAGUUCUAGUACAGCUGUAGCUAAAACAGCAGCUGAUAUGGUUUUAGCUGAUGAUAAUUUUUCUUCAAUUGUUGCUGCUGUUGAAGAAGUAAAUGAUGGUUUAUCAGCAACAGCACUUGGUUUUAAUCCACCUGAUUUAGACAUAAUGGAACAUCCACCACGUAAUCUAAAAGAAUCAUUAAUUACACCAUGGCUUUUCUUUCGAUAUAUGGCUAUUGGGAGCUAUGUCGGUUUUGCUGUACAAAAUCAUUUCAAAUGUCGUACUGAUGGUAAAGAAUGGGAAAAUAUAAAUUGUUCUGUAUUCGAUGAUCCACAUCCAAUGACAAUGGCUCUAUCUGUACUUGUUACUAUUGAAAUGUGCAAUGCACUUAAUAGUUUAUCUGAAAAUCAAUCUCUUCUUAAAAUGGCACCAUGGAAGAAUAAAUAUCUUUUAUAUGCUAUUACUUUAUCUAUGUCAUUACAUAUGAUGAUUCUUUAUAUACCUAUGUUUAAUACUGUAUUUCAAAUUUGUCCACUUUCAUUAGAAGAAUGA